AUGACCCUCGUUGACAGCGAGGCUGCUUUUGCAGCUAGGUGUAAGGAGAUAUGUGGCGACGAUUCUCUUCACACAUUGCUGCAAGCCUCGGGGGUGCAAACUCACUCAGCCUUGGCCUUCAGCUGUGGAACUCCGAAGGCGCAACCCACGGAAGCAGAAUUUAAGGCUUUUGCUGAGUCAGUUGUCGGGAGCCCAGCGUCCAUAGGCCGCGUGAGCCAGCUCAAAAGACUUCAUUUCGAAUCCUCGACUUUGGUCAUUGCCCAGUUGCGCGCACUCGUAGAAGGGGAUUCAACAGAUGCUGGAAAAAGACUUCCGGCAGCAGAGAAAUCCGCCCGACUUGCGGAUGCCAAGAGGCGUUUGAAAGGCCUUGUCAUCGAGGAUGAGAUGGAGCCGAGUCAUGCCCUCAUUGAUGCAGUUUCCCAUAUGGGCGAGUCGAAUGCGGUGGUUUGGAUCCCACCGUCGAAGUGCACUAAGAGGGAUGCCGAACUCAAGCUUGGGCUUCGCGACAAGCAAAAGUACUUGACUGUUCAGGAGCAAUCAGUCACCUUGGCCCCGGCUCCAGAUAAAAUCGUCGCUGAGCAUGGGACUCCCUUGGAGGUCCAGUGGUGUCUCCAGCGCCGAGGCUUGGCUUUCUUCAUGUGCGGCUUCAUGGAGUGGGAGACUCACGAGAAGUGGGUCGCGUCUCUGCUUAGAUGUUUGUCAUCGGAUGUUCCUCCGGGGUACGCACCCAUUUCGAUGCAGCAAAUUUUGCGAGCAGAUUCCGAAAUCUUCUUGCUUUUAGCCCGUGAGGUCAAGCGUGUCAAACCUGACAGCAGUGGUGUGAUGGAGAUGGAUGUUCUUAUGAAUCGGCACCGUGACCUCAGGAAUCUUCCUGGGUCUUUGAAUGGCGUUGAUUUGCUGGUCUCAGCAGGGCCCGUCACGUUUGAUGCGACGGUAGAGCACGAAACUUUAGACUGGACCAACGGUGGUACCGAUGCACCUACAACCACAGCUGCUUCUGAUACCGUCUCUGGAGUCAUUAUAGAUGUAUUCGCUGGCGAUGCCGCCUUUUGCAAAGCCGCGCACAAAGCCGGCUUUAGAGCCCUAGCCUUCGACCUUAAGCCCCAGCGUGCCCAAUUCCCAAUUCAACCUCUCGACAUAACGCAGGCCGAUGAGCUUGCGGUGCUCCUGGAGGUGAUUUCCGAGCACGCAGGUGCUACGUCAUUGGUGCAGUUCACUGUCCCGUGCUUGAGUACCUUCUUCACGUCAAAGACUGGAUCAUGGAGUUUCGCUGAGUUGCUGGUGGAUGCUGUCUUUCAGCUUUGUUCGCAUUGCAGGGCAGUGGGAGUUCCUUUUGCGAUUCUGCACCCUGCUACAUCGCGCUUCUGGCACAUGCCGUCUUGCCAACGCUUCUUCCAAGCUGCAGACGGUGAAUGGACUACAUUUGACCAAUGCAUGCAUGGAGGGGCCCAGGAUCGCCGCGCUUUCUGGUGGGCCUCAACUGCUUUGUUGCGCCCUUUGCAGGCAACCUGCUCCAAGGUCGAUGAUGUCUUGUCGAGCCCCUGGACAUGGUCCACUAAGCAUUGCACGCACGAUGCGCACACACCGACCAAGGAUUUCUCUGAUGUCUGCGGCUUAUUGCCUCCGACUGAGCAUUCUCCAGUGCUUGAAGUUGUAUGGAUUGGCAUCCCCCGUGAACCGGAUGACUUUUUACGUCGAGCAGUGGCAGCCGGUCACCCGAAAUCCCUUCUUGAUGUCGAAGCCGAUCCGCACAUGACCUUGCUAAUAGACAACCUUCUGAACAGCAGUGUCAAACAUCCAGACAAAGGUUUGCAUGAAGUUCAGCGUUGGACCGAGCUACGGUCGGACCUCUCCGAAUCCCAGGAUUUGUGCAAAAAGGAGUGGCCCAUCCAUGUGGCGCAGGUUCUGGAUGCAAAGCCAACUCUGCUGAUGGACGAAUUGCUCACACAGCACGACUUUCCAGACCGCCACCUUGUGAAGCACAUGACGCAGGGGUUUAGGCUUACGGGCUGGGUUUGUAGAUCGGGUCUUUUUCCCUUUGACCCUAAGCCUCCCGCCUCCACCUUAAAAAGUCAGCUCUCUAUGGCAAAGUCCAGAAACACCGCCACCUUGACGAAGCUCUCCAAACAGGCUCCGGAUGAGGUGUCUCGUCGUGCCUGGGCUGAAACACUUGAAGAAGUUGACAAAGGUUGGAUUGAGGAAGACGAAAACCCAGAUCUUUCUACGGUCCUUGUUGCCAAGCGGUUUGGGCUUUUACAAGGUCCGAAGGUCAGAGUCAUAGACGACUGCCGUGCUUGUGCUUUCAACUUGUUAGCAGGCAUCCCUGAGAAAUACAGAUUACAGAGCGUCGAAUACAUCGCUGCCUUCCUCUUGCGAGCCAUGCUUGACCCUCGCAGCAAAGGCGUUAGCAUCUCAGGGAAGACACUUGAUUUGACUGCGGCGUACAAACAGUACGCCACACAUCCCUUCGAUCGUGACCUUUUACGGAUUGGCGUUAAAGACACUUCAAGCGGUGUAGGGGCGGGUAGCGGGGUCAUUGAUCACAUAGCACGAGAUCCCUCCUACGGGGACCGCCUCGCAGCCAGCUUGUGGCAGCACUUGGAAGCAGCUGACUUCUUCGUAUCUGCACUGGACAUUUUGCCUCGAGCAGGUGGCCUUUCCCUUGACCUCAUGUGGGAUGACGAUCAUUGGUGCUUUGUGCACCACAGCAGUGGGGCCCCCAAGGAGGCCGGCUUGCUGACCUGCAUAUCCAAGCGUUUGGCCACCCCUGAGGGCAUUAGGCAUAGCUCCAUCAUCGCAGGUAGGUUGCAGCACUUGCGGAUCACACCCAAAGCAGGACAUCAGCCUAUAGACCUUCUUCAUGCAUAUCAGUUCGCCUGGCACCACCGCAAACAGGACAGCAAGAACGACUGGUGGCAGGAUGCCAUGCGCCGCAGGGCUCAGUUCCUGCAAAAGCUGUGUAGCUCCGUUCGAUCGCUCCCUCGUCGUAACCUUUUGUGCAUCACAGGUGACCUGAACACACAGCUUGCAUCAUGCAAAGGAGUCGUCGGCCUUGGUAUCCCUUCUACCCCUCCCCCGCAACAAGACGGUCAGGACCUGCUGCACACGUUGUGCACAUAUGGACUGGUGGCGACCAACACCUUUGGUCAGGCACCGGGUGCAACGUUUGUCAAUCCUGCCACAAAUGCCCAAACACUGAUUGAUUACAUUAUUCUACGUGGGGCACAUGCCGACGGCACCAGUCUUGCCAGCGGACCGGUGCAGGAUUGGUCCGUUUGGGAAGCAGUUCGGAACGACCCCGCACGACAGCAAGCCUUUCGUGACAAACUGAGGGCCUGGAUUCACAGCCAACCGGCGGGUGCACGGGGAACCCUUGCACCGGCGGGGACAGCUGCUACUGUGUCGGCCGAAGCCACAGCCGUGCGCGCUCUUUGGCAAUUGCGCAACGAACGGGAUGCGCUGACCCAUAGGCCACCUGUCUACUGCCUGCGUGCAGCCUUCGCGGCAUGGAGGCUUGAUCAUCAGAUCCGUGCACUUGAGCGCAAGAUCGUUGCUGAGCGCCGCGCUCGCAAGAAGGCCUUUCUUCUCGAGCAAACCGCUUUGGCGGAGCGGGCGGCACAGCAGGGCCAGAUGUCUGCAUUGUAUCGUGUGGUGAACCGCCUUGCUCCUCGCAAGGUCAGGGCACGGUUGCAAAUCCGCGAUCCCGAGGGCAACCUUCAGGAUCCACAGGCGGAAUGCGACACACUUUUGCAAUACUUCAGGGAUCUUUUUGCUUCUUCGAAGGCUUGCCCGACACAGGUCUUCGAUUGCAGUGUUCAGCUUUUCGACUCCAGCAUGUGCACAGCGGCCCUUGAAUCUCUGUCGGCUUUGAAGGCCGCGCAUCCAUCGGCUUCGCCUGGAGUCCUAUGGAAGCUCGAUGCACAAGAGGUGGGCCCGGUGCUCAGUGACUGUCUCAAUGCUGCCUUUUCGAACGUACCCCACAUGCUUCCCCUGCCCAUUAGGUCGAUGAUUGCUGCUGGUAUGCGAGAUGCCAUGAUCCCUGAGCCCAUUGUUCAACAGGUCCUCGCCAUUCAUUCCCAACUUCUUGUUGAGCUUGAACAUUGCGGUCCCCACGCGUCAGAAAUACUCACCAUUUAUGCUGACGAUCUGAUCGCACAGUGGAUGAUUCGAACAUCCUCGGAUCUAACCGACUGCCUUGCACAAUUGCACAAACUGGUGUUGAUUUUACGUUCUCAUGGCAUGGAGGUCAGUGAUACCAAGAGCGUGAUUCUUUACCAGUUGCAUGGCACACAGGCUGAACGCACCAUGGGCAAACUUCGAUUCAAAGACAAAGGUGUCUUCAAGCUGCGGGUGGCACCCGAUUGCGCUUUUCCGGUUGUUAGGAAGCACCCAUAUCUCGGCAUCAUUCUCAGCUACGGAGCCUUGGAACACCACAGCAUCACCCACCGGUACCACCGGGCAGGGCAGCUUUUCUCCAGGCUUCGACAAGUGCUCAGUGCCAGACACAAUCUCAGCCGCCACCAGGCGGCGUUUGUGGCUGUCGACGGUAUGGCCAUGAUCCGGGGCAUCGUUGCCCGACACCUUCGCAUCGUCAGUGGACAGCUGUCCAAGGACACACAUGUGACCACGGAUGCCUUCCUCAACGAGCUGGGUCUCGAUCCAGUCGCGCUCCUCUCGCAGGAAGCCGCCGCCAACUUGACCCGAUUCCAGGCCCUAGACCGGUCGCUUCAACUCGAUCGGGUUGCACAGUGGCAUGUCAUUCUUCAGGCCGCGUUCGCGCAGCCACCCGCUGCUGCACCGCAGGCGCCGAACAUUGCUCCCACAUCUCAGCCGACACCCAGUGCACACCGAACGCACUUUUUGCACAGAGGCACUUUCACGAAUGGACCGGAUGUCUCUGAAGCCCACGCUUCGACUGGCACUCAGAAUGCUGCACCGACGCCAGCACCUGCCCCGGAUUCAGGUGCCACUCGGGCUGCUGCAUCACUUCAUGAAGUGACCUUAGUGGCCAGCCCAUAUGCUUGCCCUGAUUGUCCGUGCACCUUCGCGAACUCAGGUCUGCUCCAGCGCCACCGGGUACGUGCACAUGGCGCUCAGGCGCAUCGGGAUGUCAAGAAGGCCCUCGCCUCAAUCAAUCAAGUUGAGCACUCCCUCAACGGGGUUCCCACAUGCAAGUACUGCCUUCGUGAGUUCAAUGGGUGGAGAAAUUUUAACUUGCACAUUCAGUUUGAUAGUUGUGUGCCCAAGCGGCUCAAUACCGCUCAACCUCUUCUGCUGGGGUCUUCGGACCGGGAAGAGGCUCCAUCUUCUGCACCCACAACGGCCGUGCAAGCUAGUGAGACCCUCAGCGAAUGCGCACCUGUUGCGCCACCGGAGACUGCACCACCAUCCCCCCCCCCCCCCAGCACCUUUUGCUGCCAGGCUGAUUGA